GUGAAUCAGAGUCCUGUGCGGACACAAGCAAAGCUUCUCCUGGAAUAAAUCAUCUGACAUCAGAUCCUUCCCGUUGUCUGUACUGUUUCUGCUGCCCUGGAAACCAUGCAAGGACAGGAACAGACCACCAUGACAGUGGUUCCUGGAGUUGCUCUGUCUUCAAAGAAUUCUGUUAUGAAAUCACAAAUGUGGGAUGAGAAGAAAGAGAAAUUCUUGAAGGGGGAACCCAAAGUCCUUGGGGUUAUACAAGUUGUGAUUGCUCUCAUAAACGUCAGCUUAGGAAUAAUAAUUUUGAAAACUUUAUCUUCCGAACUACCCCUUUCAGUGAUCUCAAUGGUCCCAUUUUGGGGAUCAAUAAUGUUCAUUGUCUCCGGAUCCCUGUCCAUUGCAGCAGGAGUGAGACCUACAAAAUGCCUGAUCAUCAGCAGUCUAACUCUGAACACUAUCACAUCUGUAAUGGCUGCAAUUGCAUGCAUAAUGAGUGUAGUCAGUGUGGUUGUGCGUUCACAUUCUUUGUAUGGUUAUAAUCAUACAAUCACCAAGGAUUUGGAUAUUUUGAUGUUAAUUUUUAACAUACUAGAAUUCUGCCUUGCUGUGUCCGUCUCUGCAUUUGGAUGUGAAGCUUCCUGUUGUAACUCCCGUGAGGUUCUUCUAGUGCUACCAUCAAAUCCUGUUGAGACAGUGAUGGCAUCCCCAAUGACACUUCAACCAUUGCUACCAUCAGAACACCAAGGGAAAAAUGUUCCAGGAAAUGUAUACAAGAACCACCCAGGAGAAAUAGUCUAGUUUUUAUGUGUGUGUGUGUGUGUGUGUGUGUGUGUGUGUGUGUGUGCGUGUGUGCGUGUGUGUGUGUGCAUGUUUGUGUAUGUGUGCAUUUCCCUAGGAUAUUAACACUUCAUUGCACUGGCUUUUGAGAUGAAUAUUAGAUUUACUGUAAGUAUGUAAGUCAAGCACUUAUUAGGUCAACAACACUUCAACAUAUUAUAUUCAUUGUAUGUACAAGGGGCAAUGAAUUUGCAAAGAUGUUUUGAAAGCAAACUGAAAAAAACAACCAACCAAACAAAAGACCUCUUAGUAAAAUGAGGUCUCUUUGCAAAGACUGAAAAACUGGAGUUCGCAUUUUUUUUGGGGGGGGGGGGCUUUUGCUAAAUAAGUAGAUUUAGAUGCUUUUGAUCAAGUACAAACUCAUAAAGUAUGUAAGAAAUUACUAAUGAUAGGAAACAAUUUUAAUCUC